CUCACCGCCGGCAUGUCUCCCCUCGUUCUCCGCACCUACUCCCCGCCGUACACCGCCGGUGCCAUCUGCCGGCGGAGGCGGAAGCGACCAAGGCGCAGCGUGUCGGUGCGUGCGUCGUGGCAGGAGCUGGCGGGGGUGCUGGUGUUCUCCGCCGUCCCCUUCACCGCCGUCAAGGCCCUCGCCGGCAGCCCCCUCGGCGCCCGCCUCCGCCGCCGCCUCGAGGCCAGGAAGGCCUCCGCCGCCGCAGAGGCAGACGCCCUCCGCGCCGCCGCCCGCCAAGCCCGCCGUUCCAGCUUUUGGUAUGGUGGAGCUCGGCCGCGGUGGCUCGGCCCCAUCCCGUACGACUACCCUGAGCAUCUGGACGGGGAGUUCCCGGGCGAUUACGGGUUCGAUAUCGCAGGUCUGGGCAGGGAUCCCGUUGCUUUCGCAAACUACUUUAACUUUGAGAUCUUACAUUGUCGAUGGGCCAUGCUUGCUGCUCUUGGUGUUGUUGUUCCUGAGCUGCUAGAUCUAUUCGGGAUAGUGCAUUUUGUUGAGCCUGUCUGGUGGAAAGUUGGUUAUGCAAAACUUCAGGGUGAUACUCUUGAUUACCUUGGGAUUCCUGGGUUCCGAAUUGCUGGUGGUCAAGGCAUCAUCGUCAUUGCUAUCUGUCAAGUCCUUUUGAUGGUUGGGCCAGAAUAUGCGAGAUAUUGUGGGAUCGAGGCGCUAGAACCCUUGGGAAUAUACCUUCCUGGGGACUUAAAUUACCCAGGUGGAGCACUCUUUGAUCCCUUGGGGCUGUCCAAAGACCCUGUUGCGUUUGAAGAACUCAAGGUGAAGGAGAUCAAGAACGGUCGCCUGGCAAUGGUUGCCUGGAUUGGAUUCUACGUCCAGGCAGCUGUAACCGGCAAGGGCCCUGUGCAGAACCUCAUUGAACACUUGUCGGAUCCACUCCACAACAACAUUUUAUCCAGUUUUCUUUGAGGGAAUUAGACUGCAAUAUCAUUACUUGUGUACAGCAUUUCAUCAGUUUGUAAUUACUAGGAAAUUACUAUAGUGAGCAAGUAUUUCUUGCACACACACGGUUAUAUGCAGUUCCAAGAAAUCCAGCCUAUUACUGUUCAACAAUGAGAACCUCAUUGAACACUUGUCAGAUUUA